GGUGGAGGGGGCUUGAUGAAGUGUGAUGGGAAAUGGAUAUUGUACACAAUACCCAAGCUAGGAAGGUGACUUUGAACUCUGUAAGUUCCCUUCCCUGUCCCUGGCUUUGUUCACAGCUGAGAGCAGAGUGAAUCCCAACCGCGGCGGCAGCGAGCGGAGAACAAGCUCCAAAUUAGCUGCAUUCUGACUGAGCUGGCUGGAGAAAUCGGGCGCUUCUCUGCGUGAAUCGGUUGAGAUGGCGUUCCAGCACAUUAACUUACCCUUUAAAUUUCCUCUGAAGGUUGCACAGGCAGAGCUGCCCGCACAAACAGUUCUUUUGCUUUCAUUUUGUCCCUGGUUUUCUGACUUUCUCACUGCAAACCCCGGAGCCUGCCAAGCCCCGACACGCGACCGAGCAGCCACGAGUGCUGACCGGGCUCCAUCCUCAGGCCAGGUCGUGUGUGGGGCUGGGAAAUGGUUGGUGCUUGUGUGAGGCUGCAAUGCACGGUAUUACCUGCUGAAACGUGUCCUUGGGUAGCUAGUGCCUGCCUCUCAGUGUGUGUGUGUUUCUAAUUGACUAGUCUAGCGUGCCAUCGUUAAAAAACCCUCUGUCUAAUUAGCCUUACUCUUCAUUUAGGAAAUGGGGCAUUUUAUCCUGUUCAAAAUGAACGCGAUUAAAUUUGGAGUGGGGAUGAAGUAAAAUAGCUAAGCCAGAAGAAGCUAACUUCUUUUUUUAGUGAGAGUAGCAAAUUUAUAGAUGUAUUUGACAACGCGUGCGUUUAAUUGCGGUGUUCAUUCUUCCAGACAGCUUCCCUAAUUGUUCUGCACGAACGUUAAAAGCUGCAAACGCUGCAGUUCGGUGCAGGAGCGGGUUUGCCUGAAGAUCUCUCUGAAUCCUGAGAAAUCAAGGUCCUAAGGGCGGGGGGGGUGGAAAUCUACCGCAGCAUUAGGGUUGAACCAGAGCUUCCUGAGCAUUUUGGAAUUGGUCAGACCCCUCAUUAGUUCUGUGGGGGAGUUAAUGAAGUGAGAUGGGCUCAGAGCCUCCUUGUUGAGUGAUUUUGGAGAAUUUUGUCUCUCCAGGAGGAUGGAGGGCGGUUGCAGGCGGGAGCUGUGGGUUUGCCCCCUUAAAGAGCAGAACUUGCUGCAUUUUCUCCGAUGGACAAUGCUCAGAGAAAGCCGCCUUCAGCAGCCGGGCUGGGGAUCUGCUCUUGGGCACCGCAGCCCCUGCUGUUUAUCUGCUCCUCCAGCUGCCGCCGUCUCCACCAGCACCGUCCCCCGAUCCCAGAGGGAUCCUGCCCUGAACCCACUUUAUCUUGUGGGCCGCAUGAUCCUCGUGGUCCGUUCCAACCUGGUAUUCCGUGAGUCCGUUGGUUCUGCUUGCGGAGCCAUUGCUGCAGGUGUGAAGCGGGUGGAUGGGCUGCGACACAGCCCAUCGGCCGCCUUCCAUCUCAGCCUGGAAACAGCGGCGGCCCCAGGCGUGCUCCGUUUAAAAUGCCUGUUCCAGGCAAUCAAGCAGGUUUGAUUGGCUGAACACUCUUUUUUAUAAUUUAAUUUAGCCAGGAAUCGUUUGCAAAGUAAUAAAAAGAGCCUCUGACUCCAAAUACAUUCAUUUAAUUCAAUGAGAGACAGUUACUGCGGCGGGCUCGCUUCCCUCGCCCCAUCACGCUGACAUCUCAAAGCGCCGCUCAGGGCUGUUUAUAAGAGUCACGAUCCGCAGCGACAGCUUAAUUGUUUCAAACGCUGACAAGGGUCACCCCAACCCGGCACCAUGCACUGUGCGGUGCUGGCUGGGGAGCCGGCAGAGAGGAGGGAUUUAUGGCUGGCAAAUCGUUUAGAAUUCCUCUGCUUGCUGCCUGCUUAAAUGAUGAACCUGCCCCUUGGGGAUUUGGGCUAUUGAUUGUAAUUUGCAGUUAAGCCUUCGCUUUCUGAGGAAUCAGCAUAAUAAAUACCCACCGCAUUACAGCAGGAGGGACGUGUCUGUGCAGAGGAGAGGGAAGCGGAGGAUUUUUCGCGGCUCAGGGGGUGCUGUGCCCACAGCGGGAUGCUCCCCGGGUUUGGGAGAGCUGUGGGCUCCAUCCCCAUGGGAAAACCAGUCCCUGGUGUGGUGUGGUGUGGUGCAGGAACCUGGGGCUGGAGGGGGGAGGAUGAAGCUUUGAGGCUUUCAGAUGCUUUGGGAAAGCAGGUGGCGAUGUGCUGCUGCCCGGUAUUGUUGGGGUGACAGGUGCCAAAUCCCUUCCCUGUGCCUGGUUAGUGCCAGCACUAUUUUGGAGAACGGGGUAUGAUCACCCCUGUGUCCCUGGGACUUCUCCUAAACUUGUGCUGGUUUGGAGGUCAGGGCCAUUCACUAGCUGUUCACAUCUGGGGUUUGUGACACAGAGGUGGCACGAAUCUACCUCCCAGGGAGGGUCUGUGUCACCAGGGAAAGAAGGGACAGGGAUGAAGGAACAGGGACCAGUGCUGGCUGCCCCUCCAGCCGCUCCCCAGCUCUGCAGAGGGAGAACGAGCUCCCGUCCCCCGGCUUGGGAGUGGAGAUGAGAAUAAUAGCGGUCAUCAAAUAUGCAUUGGGUGGCAGCAGCUGCCGUGCGGCAAAUAUGGUGCUGCGUCUGCCAGGGAGUGACGGUCCCUGGGGGACACAACGGGGCUGAGAGCGCAGCGUGGCAGAGCCGGGGGCUUCAGGGGGCACCGAGCCAGCCUGGUGCCAUGCGGGUGAGCUGGGCUACCCCAGGUGAGUGGUUGUGAGUCCCCCAGCAGGGUGGCACAUCCCUUGGGCUCAUGGAGGCCACGAUGGGAAGGAGCAGGGAGGCACCUUUGUGUGUGAUGUUGGUCCUUGUGUGAACACUGCGGCAUGGGGCUCAGCUCUGGGUCAGGGCGUACGGUGUCCCCUCAUCUCUGGUUGUCCCUGCCUGUUUGCUGCCUUUAGACCCCUUGUGUCCCCUUCCGACUCACACCUUCCGGCAGUCCCAGCGCUCCUGCUGCCCUCCAGAGCAGGGCCAGCUGUGGGGUUCUCCUGGUCCUGGGGGAGGUCAGUGGGUUAAGUCCAGCGACUUCCGCUGGUUCUUGGGUUCCCCCAGUGCUGCACAGCUGGAUGCAGCUGCUUCUCCUCCCCUGGCUCUCCCCAAACACCCGCUGUGAGGCAGGGGAGCGGGUGCUGCCCUUGCCCAUGCUGAUCCCGAUCUGCGCAGGGCAGCCGUUUCCCAGCGCCGCUGCUUAAACUUUGAUGAACCUGCGGCCGCAGGAAUCCAGCCCCAGCAUUAACAUUUGAUGUGGUCACCCUGCGCCUGGGCACGUGUGUGUGUGAACACGCCGCCGGCACCGCCGCGGGGCAGGCGUGUGGCACACGCCAACACCCUCGGCAGCACGUGUGGGCACGUGUGGCACCUUCCCACGCACACAACAUGCCUGGCAUGGUGUGGGGGCACCCCCGGGGCUCCUCUCUGCUUGCCAGCGGCACUGCGGAAUUUGAUCUCUGGUGCUGGUUUCUCCGCCGCGGUGCUGCCCUGGCCGGGCUCCUGGUGCCUUGGGCUCUGCAAAUUCUCUCUUCUUUCUUGGCGCCGUGGUUUGGCUUUGCUGUGUCAAACAGGUCCGUGCGCUUCAUCCUCCCUCAUGCUGGCCGGAGUAAGACAGUAAUUCCCCAAGGAGCCCUGAGGUGUGGGGAGGUGACAGGGUCUGGUUUUGGGGAGGUGUCGGUGCUCUGUGCUGUCCUGCUGGGGGAAUGUUCCCUAUGGCGGGGCCCGGCGCUCCCCCGCACCCGCCGCGGGGGCCCUUCCCCGCUCCUUCGGAAAACUCUCAGGGCUGAAGCGGCGCAUCCCUUACAUUAUUCAUGGCGCGAGCCCCGGCGGUUGGGUUACAGCCGGAGCUCAGCGCCAGCCCUGCGCCGCUGAGCGCACGGGGAGGCAGGAGGCAGCUCCCGCCAGGCUGCGCCGCGACUGCCGUCCCAGCACCAUGCCAGAUGGGGGGCUGCCAGCAGCCAAGGGAGCCACGCACGUGCCUCACCAAAAGCGGGUGCAGGUAAAUCUCCCCCCGGGGCAGGCUGCAGGGUCGGGAGCUGGACGUUGUGCCGGGAGCUGCCUCGUGCCGGCGCGGGGCAUCGUCUCCCAGGGUCCUGCUGGGGUUGGAGCAUGAGCAUCCAUCACCGCAGGGAUGGCUGGCAAGAAGGGGGAGCCCAAAAAGGAUGCGGAGGCCAAAGGGAAGGAGGGCAAAGGGAAAGGGAAGGAUGGGAAGAGGGGCAAGAAGGAGGCGCCCAGCGAGUCGGAGGAGACCUCGGACACAGAGCUGCUGAAGGCGGAGGAGGGCGAGGAGACCGAGGUGGUGGAGGAGGAGAAGGAUGAGGAGGAGGUGGCUGCAGAAGAGCCCAAGAAGGGGAAGGGGAAAGGGAAGGAGAAGAAGGGGGCACUCAAGGGGGUGGUGGCGAAGAAGCCAGGCCGGGGGAAAAAGAUUCAGCCAGAGACAGAGGAGGAGGGCGAGAGCGAUGCCGCGCCGACCAAGAAGAACCUGAAAGGCACCUCCAAGUUGGUGAUGGGGCUGGCGGCCGACAACGCCAAGAAGAAGAAAGGGGCCAAGGGCACGGAGGCCAAGGGCCAGCCCAAAGCACCCACAGAACCUGCCUUGGCCGAGGAAGAGGAGGCGGUGGCAGCACCAAAGGCCCGGGCGAAGCGGAGCCUUCGCAGCACCUCCAAACUCUUCUUGGGCUUCAAGAAGUUGGGGCUGCGUCGGCCUAAGAAGGGGCAGUUCAAGAACACGUCCCGCUUCUUCUGGGGACUGCAGAAGCACAGCACCAAGAGGAAGAAGAAGAAGAAGAACAAGGCGGUGCUCAAGUCCACCUCCAACUUCAUGGUUCGCUUCAAGCGCGUGGGCAAGAAAAGAAAGGAGGCGGCCAGCAGCUCAUCACCGGCAAAGCCAUCGUUCCUGCUGCUGCGGCGGAGCGGGCAGGCGGCCGAGGACGGCGCGUCGCUCUUCCGCCGCCGCCCGGAAAGGAAAUUCAAGCCGCGGGCGCAGGUGCUGAGCAAGGCGGCCGCCGCCACGGGCUGGCUGGCCAGGAAGGUGCUGUCCCGGCGCGGGCGGCUGGCGGGGGGCGGCCGGGCGGCCGACACGGCUUGGCUCUCCCGUAUCGGCGCCAAGAAGCUGCCAUUCCCCGCAGAAGACGAGAUCCUCAGGCACCGGGCCAACAUGAAGCGGAUCGGUGGUGGCAGCGGCGGCUUCUCGGCCCCUGGCGCUGCGCUGCACGGGCAGGACCGGCACGGCAGCAUCGUGCGGCGCCCGUCCCGGCGGCACUCCCAGCGUCUGCCGGCAGAACCACCGGUGCCGCGCUAUGGGUGGGCUGAGGAGGAUGGAGCCUACAGCCGCCGACGUGGCUAUGCCAGGGAGGAAGAUGGAGCCUACGGCUCCCGCCGCGGCUACGCCAAGGAGGAGGAUGGAGCUUAUGGACCCCAGCAUGGCCGCACAGAGGAAGCUGGAGCCUACAGCCCCUGGCACGGUUACGCAGAGGAGGAGGAUGGAGCCUACAGCCCCCAGCACAGUUAUGCCGAGGAGGAGGAAGGCUACAUCCAACCCCCAGCCUACCCGGCGGGGUACAGCUUUGAGGACACGGUGCCGACCCCCUACGCUGAUUACCCUGACUACGAGACAGAGGAGUACGGCUUCUACGGCGGGUUUUGGGACGAGGGUGACAAUCCAGGGCACCCCUAUGGCUACACAGAGCUCGAGGACGAGGGACCAUUUGGGGACAGGUCCCCCCACACCCUCUAUGAUCCUUAUGGCAGCGACCCAGAGUAUGGCGAGGAGGGGGUGGGGCCCUUUGGCUAUGGGGGAGACCCCUAUGAGGACUUCAGGGAGCCCCUUGCCAGGGGGUACCAUGGGGGCGAAUACCCCGAGCAUCGCAUCCAGUACAGCGAGGGGGGGUGGGCGCCGCACGCCCAGUCCUCCUGCAACCCCUAUGCCCUGGGCCUGGAGGAGAUUGCCGAGGCUGAGGAGCCCGAGGAGUGGGAGGAAGAGGAGGAGGAGGACGGGGAGUACCCCUUCUCCAUCCUCAGCGCCUCCUCCCUCCGGGGCAUGCGGGAGACGCUCUCCUCCAAGCUCUCCCUCAAUAGGAAAUUCAGACUUUUCCCCAGGCCCCAGGUUAAGAUUUUUGGCAGGGACCGCCUGGAUGUCCCCCUCCUGCCGUCCCCACACCUGCCCACUGCCCGUGAUGAGGAUGACUACGAUGAGUAUGAGCCGCCAUCCCUGGUACCCUCUCGUCCCAUGGCAUCCCCGGGGCGCCAGGUUUCGGCAGCACGGGCAUGCGGGAGCCCUUUGGGGCAAUUCCUCCAGCGCUCCCUCUCGCAGCCCCCCAGCCACCCCCCUCGGGGUGCAGGAGCAUUUCGGGAGCCUCGCACCCCCCAACCCUCCUACAGACGCUCCAGCCGCAGGCUGGCGGGGAUCGAGAACACUGGUUUGGGGGGCCGGGAUCCCCCACCACGAGCAUCUCUGGCCAGGGACCCUUCCACGCCGGUGGGGCCCUGGGGGCAGCCCCCUCCCCAAGAGUCAGGGGCUGUGCGGCGCCCAUCACUCCGUAACCCCUUCACCAACCCCGGGCGCUCCCCAUCACCCCCAGCCCGGCAGCCCCCUGGCAGCAUGCGGGGUGAGGGGCCGCGGUCACCCCCCCCGCUCAGGUCCAGCCUCCGGAGGUUCAGCCCUGAGCCCCCCGCCCCACUGCCGGCCGCCCCCUGCUCUCCAGGACCGGGGGGGAGGCGUUUGGGGGUGCCCACGGCGGGGUCAGGGAGGCCCCCGACCCCAAGGCCGUCGCGGCGGGGCAGCCCCCCCGGGCUGCCGCUCCCCCAGGCCUGGCCCCGGCUUCCCGAGCCCCCCACGAAGGCGGUGAAGCCGCUGCAGAGAAGCCCCUUCCUGGCAGCGACCCCCCGCCCCGGCAGCCGCCGCCUCAGCCCCUCUGGGCCCCCGUGGGAGGAUGAGCUGCCCCCCUGGCAGGGCGCUGCGCGGGGUCUCGCCGGGGUGCCCCCCCCACCCAGCCCCGCUCCCGGCACCCCCAAAUCUUUCAUCCAGCGCAUCGGGCAGCCCCUUGCCGGGAUGGCCCCCCGCUCCUCCCCGGCGAGACCGUCCCCAGCCCAAGCGGGGGGCCGCAGUCCCUCCCCGGCGCAGUCCCUGGCGUCACUGCUCGUGGGGAGCAUGAACGCCGCCAAAGCCCCUUCGUCCUCACCGCCCACCCGCCGUCCCUCCUCCCACUUGCCCUCCUCUCCUCGGCCCCCAUCCCGGCGAGACGGCAGCACCCGCAGGUCACCGAGCCCACCGGGGGGGCACCGGGGCUGGGCUGACGCCGCCCGCCCUAUCCUCUCCUCCUCCUCACGCCGUGAGCGCAGCCCCUCACCGCAGCGUCGUGUCGCUUUCCCGUCCCCCCACGGCCGCCCCCUUGGCUCCCCGGUCACCCCCCGCCACGGAACCCGAGCGCCGGUGCCGGCGGAGCCCGUCGAUGGCGACGGGGUGGCCGGGGAGGAGGGUGGGGGCCGCUACGCGGUGGUGACGCCGCAGGUGCAAAGGUUGGACUCCUUCCGACGGGCGUCCCGCAUGUACAAGCAGCACUGGUCCGCGCAGCACGUCGUGCGGGUGCGGGAGAUGCCCGACGCCUGGACGGCCGAGCAGGGACUCCCCCGGCAGCCCACCCGGCGCUGGGCGAGCCAGCGGGGAGCCGGCAUCGGCCGGUACCUGAGCCAGCGCUCGGCGGGGGGUGGCUGGAAAGACAGGCACCCCUGGGCAGACAGGUACCUGGCCUCCAAGCAGCCCUGGCGCAGCAAGAUGCAGUCACUGUGCAGCCUGCCCAUCGUGAGGUACCAGGAGCCACAGGAGGAGGACGGGCUGGAGGACAUGACACAGCUGGAGGACCUCCAGGAGGCCGCAGUGCUGAGCAACAUCCGCACACGGUUCGAGCGCCAGCUCAUCUACACCUACAUUGGCAGCAUCUUGGUGUCGGUGAACCCAUACCGGCUCCUCAACAUCUACGGGACAGAGCAGGUGCUGCAGUACGAGGGCAGAGCACUGGGCGAGAACCCCCCGCACCUCUUUGCCAUCGCGAACGUCGCCUACUCCAAAGUGAUGGAUGCCAAACACAACCAGUGUAUCGUCAUCAGUGGGGAGAGCGGUUCAGGGAAGACCGAGGCCACCAAGCUGAUCCUGCGCUACCUGGCAGCCAUCAGCCAGAAACGCAGCACUGCCCCGCAGAUCCUGGAGGCGACCCCCUUGCUGGAAUCCUUCGGCAAUGCCAAAACCGUGAGGAAUGACAAUUCCAGCAGGUUUGGGAAAUUUGUGGAAAUCUUUCUGGAGGACGGUUUGAUCUGCGGUGCCAUAACCUCGCAGUACCUACUGGAGAAAUCCCGCGUGGUCUUCCAGGCCAAAAGCGAGCGCAACUACCACAUCUUCUACGAGAUGCUGGCAGGGCUGCCCGCGCAGCAGCGGCAGCGGUACUGCCUGCAGGGCGCCGAGACCUACUACUACCUGAACCAGGGGGGGAACUGUGAGAUCCCUGGCAAGGAUGACGCAGAGGAUUUCCGUCGGUUACUCAACACCAUGGAGGUGCUGAGCUUCAGCGUGGAGGAGCAGAACAGCAUCUUCCGCAUCCUCUCCUCCGUCCUCCACCUGGGCAACGUCUACUUCGAAAAAUACGAGACUGACUGCCAGGAGGUGGCCACAGUGGUGAGUGCCACAGAGAUCCGAACCGUGGCCGAGCUGCUGCAGGUGUCCCCCGAGGGGCUGCAGAAAGCCAUCACCUUCAAGGUGACGGAAACACUGCGGGAGAAGAUUUUUACCCCUCUGACAGUCGAAAGUGCCGUCGAUGCCAGGGAUGCCAUUGCCAAGACUCUCUACUCCUUGCUCUUCGCCUGGCUCACCGACCGCAUCAACAAGCUGGUGUACCCACGGCAGGAGGCCCUCUCCAUCGCCAUCCUGGACAUCUACGGCUUCGAGGACCUCAACUUCAACAGCUUUGAGCAACUGUGCAUCAACUACGCCAACGAGUACCUGCAGUUCUUCUUCAACAAGAUCGUCUUCCAGGAGGAGCAGGAGGAAUAUCUGCGGGAGCAGAUUGAGUGGAAGGAGAUCCCCUUUAGCGACAACCAGCCCUGCAUCGACCUCAUCUCCCAGAAGCCCUAUGGCAUCCUGCGGAUCCUUGACGACCAAAGCUGCUUCCCCCAGGCCACUGACCACACAUUCCUCCAGAAGUGUCACUACCACCAUGGGACCAACCCACUGUACACUAAGCCGAAGAUGCCACUGCCGGAGUUCACCAUCAAGCACUAUGCAGGGAAGGUGACCUACCAGGUUCACAAGUUUUUGGAUAAAAACUAUGACCAGGUCCGUCAGGACGUGCUGGACCUCUUCAUCAGCAGCAGGACCAAGGUGGUGGCCAACCUCUUCUUUGGCCACGCCCAGGUGAUGGCCCGGCAGAGGAGCCUGGUCAGGAGGAGCAGCACCAGGACGCGGCGGUACAAGGCUCCCACCGUGGCUGCCCGGUUCCAGCAGUCGCUCCUGGACCUAGUGGAAAAGAUAGAGAGGUGCAACCCCUUCUUUGUGCGCUGCCUCAAACCCAACAACAAGAAGGAGCCGGGGCUGUUCGAGGCUGACGUGGUGAGCAGCCAGCUGCGGUAUGCAGGGAUCCUGGAGACCAUCCGCAUUCGCAAGGAGGGCUUCCCCAUCCGCAUCCCCUUCCUCGUCUUCAUUGACAGGUACCGCUGCCUUGUCGACAUGUGGUCCAACGUCAUCCCCAAUGGGAACAACUGUGUGGAGAUGCUGAGGAACCUCUGCCCUGUCAGCCCUAGCAUGUACUAUGUCGGCGUCACCAAGCUCUUCCUAAAGGAGCAGCUGUACCAGGCGCUGGAGAGCAAGCGAGCCCGUGCCCAUCACCUGGCCGCACUCACACUUCAGCGCUACGCUCGCACCUUCUUCAUCAUGAGACGAUUCCGCUCCCUCCGCCGAAAGAUCAUCCUCCUGCAGAGCCGGGCGCGGGGCUACCUGGCCAGGCAGCGGUAUCGGCGUAUGCGGCGCACGCUCAUCAAGUUCAGGUCGCUGGUACACAUCUACGUGAACCGCCGGCGGUAUCUCAAGAAGAAAGAGGAUGCUCGCCGGCGGGCAGAGGAGGAGAGGCAGAGGAUGAAGCAGGAGCUGACAAGGAGGGAGGUGGUGGACGUCACCCACCUGGAGAUCCCGGCUGAGCUGAUGGGGUUGCUGGAGGCCGCCGCAGCCUCCCGGGAGGUGAACGCUGGCUGUGUGGUCCUGGUGCCACCGCCACCGCUGCAGCCCGACCCCCAGCUCACCCUCCCACUCGACAUCAACGACUACCCCAUGGCCAAGUACGUGCGGGGCCACUUCCAGGAGCCAGCAUUUGGGAUGCUGACGGCCCCACUGGCAGCCCCGCUCACCCGGUUGGAUGAGGAGCUGUGCCACGAGGCGCUCAGCAUCUUCCAGCUGAUCCUGCGUUUCAUGGGGGACCCGAGGCUGGGCGGCUCACAGGAGACCCUCUUUGGCAACUACAUCGUGCAGAAGGGGCUAUCAGUGCCGGGGCUGCGGGACGAGCUCCUGGCGCAAGCCGCCAACCAGGUCUGGCGGAACACCAACGUCAACAACGAGGAGCGGGGCUGGCUGCUGCUAGCCACCUGCCUCAGCGCCUUCCCCCCCUCCACCGCCUUCGACAAGUACCUGCUCAAGUUUGUCUCUGAUUACGCCUUUGCUGGCUACAAGCCGGUGUGCCAGCGCAAGCUGAUGCACGCCAUGGCACGGUCACAGCUGGGUGCCGCGGCCGCCCGCACCUUUCCCCCGUCACUGCUGGAGUGGACAGCGAACCGGCAGCAAGCCAGCAUGGCGUUGGACUUGCACUGCUUCAACGGUGACCAGUUCUCCUGCCCCGUCCACUCCUGGAGCACAGGCGAGGACCUGGCAGGGGAUGUCCUGAAGCACAGGGGGCUGGCUAAGGGCUGGCGUGGCUGGUCCGUGGCCAUGAAGACAGGUGCCCAGUGGGCUGAGCUGGCCGGUCACGACUACGUCCUGGACCUCGUCUCAGACCUCGAGCUGCUCCGGGGCUUUCCCAAGCAGAAGUCCUGCUUCCUUGUCGCAUGGGAGGGGACCGAGAGCCGCAGCGGGGACAGCCGGGCGGUGCUGGGACACGGCUUGGAUUUGGAUGAAGUGCCUCCUCCCCCAGCUGUGAAAGCCCCCACACUGCCAUCCACAGAGACGUACCUCACUCAUGCAGACGGGGACUUUGGGGAGCCACGUGGCCAGAAGGGUCUGGAUCGGUACCUGGACAGCCUCUUCGACCCUGUGCUCUCCUAUGGCAAUGGGGAGCUGGAGAAGCCGAUUGCCGUCACGCAGAGAAUGAAGGGAGGAGGCGGCGCAGGAGGAGGGGAUAAUGGUGGCGAUGCUGAGCAGACCGGACCCCCCAAGACCACAGAAUCACAUCAGCCAAGGAAUGCAGAGCCAGCCCUGUCCCCGCAGCACCAGGCAGAUGCCAACCAGCCACCUGGUUCCCCGGGCAGAGCAGCAGAGGGGACGCCAGCCCGCGCCCCCCAGCCACGACCCUACGUGCAGAAAGCUGCACCCGUGGGCCGGCGGUGGCCGGGGGAGCUGGUGCAGAAUUCCCGGCUGAACUCGGAGCACUUCCCACGGCCCACACACGACAUCCGCAACAUCAUCCGGCAGUGCCAGCUGGCCCCACGUGGCUCCCAGCCCCCCAGCAAGCUCUUCGGGAAGAAGCUGGACCCCCAUGAGGAAGCCAUGCAGAUCCUGAAGGAGCAGCUCUCAGCAGCCCGAGUGCCGGCAGCUGCGGGGCCCAAGGAGAUGGUGGCCACGGUGAGGCCAGUCACCAGCAGCAGGUACCAGCUGCGAGCACCAACAGGACGUCCAGCAGCCACCCGACCCCCAGUCUCUGUCUCACGGGAGCUCCCAGCCGAGGGGCAGCAGGUCCAGACCCAGCUGCACCGGAGCUGCAGCGAGGAUUUCUACACCUACCACAAUGUGCCCUGGAAAAUAUACAUCCGCAAGGAGGUUUUCUACCCCAAGGACAGCAUCAACAACCCGCUGGUGCUUGACCUCAUCUUCCGUCAGAUCUUCAACGACACACUCUCCAACACCUGCCUCCGGAUCAGCCAGGAGGAGCGGCUCCGCUUGAAAUCCCUCUUCGCGGAAAACAAGCUGGACUCUUUCAGCCCCGUGGCCACUGAAAGCGUCAAGAGGGAGAUCAUUGCUGCGGCCCGGGACGGCUGCGAGGUUUAUUUCUCCCGUCUCUUCCCCGCCACGGGCAGUGUGGGGACGGGCGUGCAGAUCCUGGCCGUGUCCCAUGCUGGUGUCAAGCUGCUGCGACUGGUGAAGGGCACCAACGUCCCCGGGGAGCAGCUCCGGGUGCUGCGGGCGUACAGCUACACCGACGUGCUGUUCGUCACCACCCCGUCCAGGAACAUGCUGGAGUUCAACCUGCGCAGUGAGAAGCUGAUCCUCUUCUCCCCCAAAGCCCCCCAGGUCAAAGCCAUGGUCGACCACUUCAUCACAGAGCUCAGGAAGGACUCCCAGUAUGUGGUGGCCGUGAGGAACUACAGUCCGGAGGAUGGGGACAAGCUCAGCUUCCACAAAGGGGACAUCAUCCAUUUGCAGCCACUGGAGCACCUCGAGAGAGACCACUACUAUGGCUGCGUGGUCCGCAAGAAGGUGAUGUACCUGGAGGAGCUGAAGACAGGCACUCAGGAUUUUGGGUGGAAGUUCGGGGCCAUACAUGGCAGGUCAGGGCUCUUUCCCGCUGAGUAUGUCCAGCCCGUCGCAGCCCCCGACUUCGUCCAUUUGCCAACGGAGAGGAAAGAGGAGCCCAGGGACAAGCAGGGCAAGGUGGCAGCUUCAGCCGCUGUGGCCGUGGCUGUGGCAUCCACCGCCGUGGCCCAGGAGCUGGAUCGGAAAACCGAGGUGUGUCCCCCCAGCACCACCAUCAUGGAGGGUCUGGAGGGAGAUGGUGGUGAGCAGCUUGGGGACAACGUGGGGACAUGCCCCAUGCUGGCCUUUGCCCAGCGGUAUUUCCGUGCAGCACGGCACGGGACCAUGGACUCUGGUGGGACCAAGGCCAAGAGAGAUGUGCCUGAUGUGCUGGAGGUGCUGAUGUUCACCAAGACCCCCAUCCAGGAGUCGCUCAUUGAAUUUGUGGAUGGUGGCACCAGCAAACUGGCCACUGAGGCUUUCCAAGCCGUGAUGAAGUUCAUGGGCGACCACCCUCUGCGGGGGCAGACGGAGCUGGACGCCGUCUGCACCAUCCUCAAGCUGUGCGCAGAGCACGAGGUCCUGAGGGAUGAGGUGUACUGCCAGAUCAUCAAGCAGGUCACCAACAACACCAGCUCCAAGCCGGACAGCUGCCAGAAGGGCUGGAGGUUGCUCUACAUCCUCGCUGCCUACUACAAGUGCUCCGAGGUGCUCCGGCCCUUCCUACUGGCUUUCCUCCAGAAUGUCAGCAGCCGCCCGGAGCUGCCGUACCAGGGUAUCGCCAAAGCCUGUGAGCAAAACCUGCGGAAAACCCUGCAGUUUGGCGGCCGCAGCCUCUUCCCCAGCAGCAUGGAGCUCAAGGCCAUGGUGGCUGGACGCAGCGCCAAGCGCCAGCUCUUCCUUCUGCCUGGCGGCAUCGAGAGGCAUCUUAAGAUCAAAACAUGCUCGGUGGCUCUGGACGUGAUCGAGGAGCUGUGCUGUGAGAUGGGGCUGCAGCACCCAGAGGCUUUCGACGAGUACAUUCUCUUUGUGGUGACUGACAGAGGACAGAGUGUGCGGCCGCUGACCCGCCGGGAAUAUGUCCUGGACGUGGCUGCCGAGACAGAGCUCCGGGACACCAGCUACACCUUCUGGUGCCGCCGUGUGGUCUGGAGCCAACCCCUCAAGUUCGACAACGAGCUCUAUGUCACCGUCCACUACAACCAGGUGCUCCCUGACUACCUCAAGGGACUGUUCACUGUCCUGCCACCCGCCAGGCCGGGAGAGCAGCACUUCCCUCACGUGGCCAAGCUGGCCGCCCUCCAGCAUCGAGCCAAGGACCGUCACCACGUCCCCACCGUGCGGGAGGUGCAGGACUAUGUCCCCCCACAACUGUUCCGCCUGCUGAAGGCUCAGUCCUGGCUGCACAUGGUGACCCCACACGUGCAGCAGGUGCAGGCGCUCAGUGCCCACCAGGCACGGGCGCAGUUCCUGGGGCUGCUGAGCGCCUACCCCAUGUUCGGCUCAUCCUUCUUCUACAUCCAGAGCUGUAGCAACAAUGCCAUCAUCUCGCCCUGCAUCCUGGCCGUCAACCAGAACGGCCUCAACUUCCUCAGCAAGGAAACCCAUGAGCCCAUGGCCAAGUUCUCGCUGAAGGAGAUCCAGUCAACGCGGACGCAGCGGCCGGCGGCCGGUUCCAGCUCCCCCUACGUGGAGAUCACACUGGGAGAGCUCCUGGCCCAGGGCAUCACCCAGCUGCAGCUGGAGCAGGGCCUGGAGCUGUGCCGCGUGGUGGCCGCGCACAUGGAGAUGCUGUUGGGUGCCCGGGAGAAGAGGCUGACGCUGCCGCCCAGCGAGAUCACCCUGCUCUGAGCGCCCCCAGCCCCGCCGCGGGGGACACGGGGCGCAGCGACCGCGGGUGUCCACAGCCCGGCUGGUGGCCGCUGUCCCUUCCGUGCUGCUGGCGCCUCGCUGUCGUUCUCGGGGUUUACACACGCUUCGUCAGCCCGGCCCGA